AUGGCUUUUGCACUGCUGCUGAUCCUUGUAUCGGUCUGCUAUGCAGCCAAAUUGCCCGUAGUCGACCUUGGCUAUGAGCGGCACCAAGCUAUCUCAUUCAAUAACACUCUGGGCUUGUAUAACUUCAGCAACAUUCGUUACGCUGCACCGCCUUUGGGUGACUUGCGUUUUCGGGCGCCCGUGUGGCCAGAGCAGAAUCGGACGCACAUUGAGGAUGGCUCUGUAGGCCGAAUGUGCCCGCAGGCUGAUCCUCUCUGGGAAGAAGAUAUCGAGCCUGCCUUCCUGCUGAGUCUGAUGGAAGGUACCACGUUCAACCAGUCAACCAACAUCUCUUCGUAUCCGUAUGUGCCCCAGAAGAUGGACCCCCGGACCACCGAGGAUUGCCUGUUUCUGGACGUAGUGGUUCCAAAGAAAAUCUUUGAUCGUGCUCAAAACAAGACCUUUGUUCCGAGCAAUGCAUUGGCGCCUGUUUUGGUGUGGAUUUAUGGCGGUGGAUAUGUGGCAGGAGACAAGAGCGACUACGAUUCCGCGGGCUUGAUCCAGCGAAGCAUGAUCACAGGCGAAGGGAUCGUGUACGUUGCGAUGAACUAUCGACUGGGAGCAUUUGGCUGGCUCGGUGGUGAUACGCUCAUGGCCAACGGCACGGCCAACGCUGCACUCCACGACCAGCGCCUCGCUCUGGACUGGGUGUACAAGAACAUUCACCUGUUUGGCGGCGACGCCCAAAAAGUCACGGUGAUGGGCGAGUCGGCUGGAGGAGGCUCCAUUAUGCAUCAGAUGACGGCGUAUGGAGGAAAUGCCGGUCCCUCUCCGUUCCAGCAGGCGAUCGUGCAGAGCCCCGGAUGGGUCCCCAUCGUCGGCAAUAUGCAGCAAGAGCAGACUCUUCAACAAUUCCUGGGAAUUCUGAACGUCAGUACGAUCGAAGAGGCGCGUCAACUGCCGACCGAGAAGUUGAUCGCUGCCAAUGCCUACCAAGUGGCCACCAAGUCAAAAUACGGCGACUUCGUUUACGGGCCCGUUGUGGAUGGCACUUUCGUACCAGCCUUGCCCGGUCAACUUCUUCAGGAAGGCAAUUUCGACCGCAAUCUUAAUGUCAUGGUGGGCCACAAUGCAGACGAAGGACUCGUGUUCACCUCGCCCGAUGCUCGCAACGGCAGCUUUGUGGCCACACUGCUGCAAGAUCAAUUUCCUCAUAUUCGGGCCAACGUUACCGACUACAUCACCAAGGUCCUGUACCCAGCCCAGUACGAUGGAGCUUACCGCUACUCGAAUCCGUUCGAGCGUGCCGUUGUUAUUAUUUCGGAGCUGAUCUUUGUGUGCAAUACUGACUAUAUAAACCGGGCCUACCACGGCGAAACCUAUGCAUACGAGUUUAGCGUUCCCCCGGCGGUGCACGGCCAGGACGUGCUAUACACGUUUUACAACAACGGCUCCGCUGGACUGAGCUCUUCGGCGGAUGGGUUGUCGGUCACCAAUGUUACGAUCGCCGAGAUUAUGCAGGACUACUUCACUAGCUUUGUUCAGACCGGCACUCCCAAAUCGUCCCUGGGUCCUAAGUUCCCCCGACACGGCGGUCUUUGGGGAGAGCUGAUGAAUAUUGGCAACACCACCAUUCAACCGAUGUAUGACACGUCCAAUAACCCGCGCUGUCGUUUCUGGCAGUCGGCGCCUUACGCUUCAUGA